GAGGAAGGAUGACGGACCUCGUGUAAAUCUGAUGAAACGUGUUUUGUCCUUGUAUUGGAAUUGUGAAGGUCUCAGAUCAUUUCAAACUGAGAGGAACAGAAUGGCAAUAUUUAACAACACAACCACAACUAACAUCAGCGACCUUUAUCAAUGUAAGAUAGAAGAACACUUCAAGUACAUUCUCCUCCCGGUGAGUUACACUCUGGUGUUUGUGUUCGGUCUGGGGUUGAACAUCACGGCCAUGUACGUCAUCUUGUUUCGCACCAAACACUGGAAGCCCAGCACCAUCUACAUGAUCAACCUCAACGUCUGUGACACGCUUUACGUCCUCACCCUGCCGUUCCUCAUCUACUAUUACGCUGAUAAGAACGACUGGCCGUUCGGUGAGCUGAUGUGUAAGCUGAUUCGCUUUCUCUUCUACACAAACCUCUAUGGAAGCAUCCUCUUCCUCAGCUGCAUCAGUCUGCACCGGUUUUUAGGCGUCUGUCAUCCGGUGCGCUCUUUGUCCUGGAUGAACGGCCGGCGUGCUCGUAUGGUUUCUGUGGGAAUAUGGGUGAUCAUUCUGACCUUACAAACACCGAUUCUUUAUUUCUCCCGGAUGAAUAAUAACAGUGACAUGAAACCACAAUCAACGGUUUGCUAUGACACCACAAGCAAGGUGCUCUUCAAUGACUUUAUUGUUUACAGCUCGGUGGUGAUGUUCCUGCUCUUUGUCAUACCGUUUGGAGUGGUGCUGGUCUGCAACGGCCUGAUGGUGAAGAAACUUCAGGAACCCGUUAUUGGUGGAGGUCCAAUGUCACAGCGCUUUAAACAGAAGUCGGUGAAGAUGAUUAUUAUUGUGCUUCUGGCUUUCAUGUUGUGCUUCUUGCCUUUCCAUGUGAACCGCAGUAUAUACUACACCUUCCGUUACCUGGACAAACAUGUAAGCUGCUCGAUGCUGGAGGCUGCCAGCAUGGCCUACAAGGUCACACGACCUUUGGCCAGCGCCAACAGCUGCAUCGACCCCAUCCUUUACUUCAUGGCAGGACAGGGCUUCAGAAGUAGCAUCAAGAACAAGAAAAGUAAAUCAAGAUCUGAAAAUAGGAAAGUACCCUCGACCUCUUUAUAGUGUGCUCGAAGGAA